UUUGACGUUGUACCGAGAGAACCGGAAGUGCGUGAUAUCAUCGAAGUUUGCGUUUCCUUCGUUUCGACUUUUCUUUUUGUCUUGUUAGCAGUUUGUUAUUGUCGCUUUGAUGACAUUUUAGUCACGUUAACAGACGAAUCUGUGAAUGUUGUGUAAAAUGGCCAAAGAAAAGCGACACAGACGAAGAGAAUCACCGGAGCGGGAGUUGAACGUGAAGGUAAAACAGGAGAAGCUGAGUCCUGUUAGGCCACAGACAUCACGCCGCUCCAGAUCGAGAUCCAGCGGCAACUCGAGUCCACAGAGAAGAAGAAGCAGCAGGUCUCCGGUCAGAACAAAGGACCGCUCACCAGGGAGAAAAGUUCCAUCUCCGUCCAGACGAGGCAGCGGAUCUCCUCGAAACAGGAAAAGUCGCAGUCCUCAUGGUCGGGCUGACGUCAAAAUAAAGCGGGAGCGGGACGAGCCGCGCGGAGACGAGGGGAGGAGACGAAACGAGCGGCCCGAGGACAGACGCAGCAGGUGGGAAACAGACAGACCACGGGACAGAGACCGUGGUGGAGACAGGCGCAGAGAACGGGAGGCGCUCUCCUCCCAGCAGGCCGAGCGGGAACAGCACAACGAGCGACGCCGGGGGAACCACCAGCGGCGUGGUGAAAACCAGGAGUUCCCUUUUGGGGAAGCAGAAGGAGGGGACCAGGACGAAGCACCUGCUCCUGUUGACAAGGAGAAACCCAACUUUGGACUGUCGGGGGCACUAACGGAGGAUACCAACACAUUCCGCGGAGUAGUGAUCAAGUACAACGAGCCCCCCGAGGCCCGUAUUCCCAAACGUAGGUGGAGACUUUACCCCUUCAAGAACGACGAGCCCCUCCCUGUCAUGUACAUUCACAGACAGAGCGCCUAUCUGUUGGGACGGCAGAGGAAAAUCGCCGACAUCCCCAUCGACCACCCGUCCUGUUCCAAGCAACAUGCAGUGUUCCAGUACAGACUGGCAGAGUUCACGCGCUCCGACGGCACCUCUGGCCGUAGGGUGAAGCCUUACAUCAUUGACCUCGGUUCCGGUAACGGCACCUACCUGAACAACCAGCGCAUUGAUUCGCAGCGUUACUACGAGCUGAAGGAAAAGGAUGUUCUGAAGUUCGGCUUCAGCAGCCGCGAGUACGUCCUGCUGCACGAGUUCUCUGACACGACUGAGGUGGACACAAAGCAGGAAGAGGAGGACGACGAAGGUCUGGAUGAAUAAGUGUCCACCGUUGGAACUGUUCACCGAGACCACGGGACAAUUCAGGAGAGACGACAGAGGAACACGGUUCAGAGAGAGUUCAGGUUUUUGUGAUUAUGGUUGUGUUCACGCUCACUGUCAACACUUAUAUUUUCACGUAUAUAUAUUUACCAGCAGGGACACUGUGAAAAUAUACUUCAUUUUAUCGACCGACUCACCCAGUAACAUCUCCACUUGUUCUAAUCAGUAUCUUUAGAACGUUAGCUUCCUGUCUUCGCCUGACUGUAAAAAUGUUUUUGUUUACAUUUUUUUACACCAGACUUCACUGUAAAACGUCCUCUGUUUAAGACCUCUGUUCUCAUUGGUCGGUUCUUUAGUGACUUUUGUUUAUCUAAGGAGGAAGUCUGCAGUUUGGUUCGAUUUUUUUUUUUUUUUUUUUUUUAAUCAGUCGAGCAGGGAGCUUCCCUUCCCUGACCUGCAGAUGGUGCUAUAUUGACAAUGGUUUAGCGCCUUGCUAGCACAUCAUCAAUUAGUGGUAAUUUAGGGUUGCGCUAGCAUGUAGCCUUUUUUUAGUUUGAAAAAAUCUCCACCCAGACUGGGUCAAGUUAACUUUGUUUUUUGGACUUUUUGGAGUCACAUUACUGCCACCUACUGUUGUCUGCUGUACACUGGUAAAUAGUACAUCUACAGGACGUCCUGAUUACUGCCAAAAGAAGGAAACAAUUCAGAAGUACAGAGAAGGUAGAAAUUUACUAACGUUCACAGGAACUGAUGCUUUAAUUUACUGCAAAUCCAGCUUUAAAAUAUAAAAUCUAAAAGACAAAAUUAUCAACAGAAAGGCAGCCGUGGAUUGGCUGGUUCACUGAUUGAUCAUCUGUGGACCUUCAAGGACAGUGAUCAGUACCAGUCUGAGAAGAUGAGUUUAAAUAGUACCAGGCAGGUUCAGAUGUUACUGGGUGACAUUUAUGAUUGUUCCCAAUGAUGAUGAUGAAGAUGAUGAAGAUGAUCACAGUGUGUCCGUACAGCAUCAUGUUAUGUCGGUGACCGUGGUUCUGCCUCUGACCUCCGGUGUCGUCCUGCCACAGCUGUCUCUGAGAAGACGUCCAACUCUCAGGUUUUUUUUUCUUUUGUCCAGUGUCUGUGAAGCUUCAUAGAUCAUAGUAAAAAAAAAAAAAAA